ACCAAGUGGAACUUCUUCCCAUGAUGCUUUGUUGACAAACAAACAGACAACCCAAUCGGGUUAGGAAAGUCCAACCCGUUUCUUCCGUGCGCUCCGGUAACGGCGAACUGGCGAUACCGUAUCUUCAGAGGGAGACGACGGAAAUGGACGGCGGCGACGCCGCGGCGAUUCUCAGGCAAGCGUUCGGGGAUUCCUCCGACGAAGAAGGCGAUCAGCUCGACGGGCUCGUAGCUCGCGACGGGGACGAGCGGGAGCCGCCGCGGCGACCGGCGCCGAGGCAGAGCCCAACCUGGGCGCCGAUCGAGGAGAUCGACGGGCUGUGGCUGUGCGGCGACUUCCUCUCCCCGGAACAGCAGCGCUCUCUGCUCUCUGCGGUCGAGGAAGAGGGAUGGUUCAUCGAAGCUUCGCAUAACCAGGCCAUGAGGUUUGGGAGUCUUCCAGCGUGGGCAACUGAGCUUUCUAAUUCUAUUCGAGAGGCGGUGUUGUUAGGGGACUUUGUCCCAGAGUUUGAGUUGUCAAAUUCAGAUGCACGGGAGGCUACUUCUCUCUUUCCUAUCCUGCCAUUGGAAUUAUUGGGGAGAGAGCCUCUAUUUGAUCAACUCAUUGUGAACUUAUACCAUCCGGGCGAGGGUAUUUGCGCACAUGUUGAUCUAAUGCGCUUUGGCGAUGGAAUUGCUAUCGUAUCCCUCGAGUCUCCAUGCAUCAUGCACUUCACCUGGGUUGGAGAUACAUGCAACACCAGCAGCGAAGUAGAAAACGAGCAGCCAAUGUCUAAAGUACCAGUCUAUCUGCCUCCAGGUUCCUUGGUUCUUAUGUCAGGAGAAGCUCGCUACCUUUGGAAACACGAAAUCAAUCGCAAACCGGGAUUUCAGGUAUGGCAAGGGCAGGAGCUAGAUCAGAAGAGAAGAAUCUCUAUCACACUGAGAAAGCUUUCCAUUGCCGAGUAGCGUAUUAGCUCAACUCAGGAAAGAAGUUUCGUCUUCUUGGAGGGUCUUUUUGUUGAUGUACUCGAUCAGAGAACUAUUAAGGGACGAUAGGUACCGAGAUUGAUCAACACGAAAAAUACACUGCAAUGGUCAAAUUAGUUCAGAGCAGCUUGUCAUUUUCGGAAACUUGUUUGCCUCCUGGCUUUUCUAAGCAAGUUUACGUUUUCGAAGCGGUAAAUCAGAUGAGAUCGCACAGCAGUCAGCAGUUUCUCUCUUUGGGAAUUUGACAAUUUAGGCGGCUAUUUCUGACUUUACCAAAACGCUAUGCAAUGCUGGGGAACUUUCUAA